CAAGGAAAUCCUAUACCCGCCUGACAACCAUAAGAGCACCGUCGCAGGGUGCUCUUUUCCAUUAGCUUCAACCCCGAGUACAGCAAGGUCUCUGACCUCGCUCUCACCUGACUCACCUUCUUGCGUAUCUCACCCGGAUGCCAGCAGUCGAUUUUCAGGUUCUUUCCCCCAACCUCGCACCCAACUUCCCGGACAAGCCCUCCAUGGCUCCGGCUCCUCUCCUUUACAACCAUGUUGCUCAGCAAAUCGAUGCAGAGCAUAAUACAUUCCCAUCCAACCCUGCUCGAGCUUGCGUGAAGCGGGCUCUCGAAGACCAGCUCGCUCGGAUUGAGCAUGAAGGCCAAAACCCAGACAACAUUGAAAAUGGUGCCGCCUUCUUCGUUGCGGACCUAGGUGAAAUUGUUCGCCAGCACUUACGUUGGCAGCAGAACCUGCCUCGUGUCGUGCCGCACUAUGCAGUCAAGUGCAACCCAGACAAUCAAGUCAUCCGAUUGUUGGCUGCUUUGGGCACUGGUUUCGACUGUGCAUCCAAGGCAGAAAUCCAGCAGGUGUUGGAUCUAGGCGUUUCCCCAGAUCGCAUCAUUUAUGCAAACCCAUGCAAGGCUGCUAGCUACAUUCGCUACGCUGGUGCAGUGGGUGUGCAGGCCACAACAUUUGAUAAUGCAGAGGAAUUGCACAAGAUUGCCAACUACAACCCAGAGGCACAGCUUUUCUUGCGCAUCCUGACCGAUGAUUCAGGUGCCCUUUGCCAGCUGGGCCUCAAGUACGGUGCUCCACUCAACACGACCAUGUCGUUGCUCAAGCUUGCCAAGGAGCUCAAGCUGAACGUCGUGGGUGUGUCUUUCCACGUUGGAUCUGGCUCGAGCGACCCUAUGGCCUUUGUUGAUGCCGUGCAGCGUGCUCGCAUUGUCUUUGAUGAAGCAGCUGCGGUCGGCUUCACACUACACACGCUCGACAUUGGCGGCGGCUUUGGCCACGACAAUUUCGAAAAGUUUGCUGCCGUCUUGGGUCCUGCCAUUGACGAGCACUUCCCGGCUGACGUCCGCGUCAUUGCAGAGCCUGGACGGUACUAUGUCGCUGCAGCCUUUACCCUGGCUGUGCACAUUAUCGCUCGCCGCACCAUCUACCCAGACUCGGACGAGCCCUUGCCCGGUACAACGAGCAACAACUUCAUGUACUACGUCAACGAUGGCGUGUAUGGCAGUUUCAAUUGCAUCAUGUUUGAUCACCAGCAUCCAGUGCCCAAAGUGCUUAUGCACAAGGGCCGUUCCUACUUUGAUGCGCCUGCCAAGUCGUUGCAGAAGCAGCGUGUGCGGUGCUCGAUCUGGGGUCCCACCUGCGACUCGCUCGACUGCAUUACGGGUGAGUCUUACCUGCCUUUUGUGAUGCAAGUGGGAGACUGGCUGUACUUUGAUGAGAUGGGAGCCUACACCAAGUGUGCAAGCUCCAAAUUCAACGGCUUCAACCAGUCAGAGGUGAUUUACGUGUCAUCUGUUUAGUGCGUUCUAGAUGCAGUUUGUCUUUUGUCGUUUGUGUUUCAGCUCUCUCUGCUCGUCCUUUCCCGUACUAAGCUCAUCUAUUGCUCGUGCG